UGGGAGGAGCGAAGAGUGCAAGCUAAGGUGUCCUCUGUGUCUGACCUAAAUCCUUCCCGCUUUACUCACGUCCCACUGGCUCCGGUUCUGUUCCCAUCGGAGAGGGAACCUGGCUGGUCCGGGUCCUCCGCACAACAACCCUGACUCCCCCUGAAGCCUCCCUCUCCACCAACCCCACCCUGUGCGACCCCGUGGCCUUCGUUCCUUGUUCCCCGUCCAGGACGCGGCGGCCGAGCGCCAUGGUCCACGCGUUCAUCAUCCACACGCUGGGGGCUCGGCCCGGCGAGGAGCCCGGGGGCUGCCGGGUGCUGUACUCCAGGGUGUUCGGCGCAGAGGCCUCGCUGGAUGACCCCCGACCCCACAGCCCGGAGCGAGACAGGCUGGGCCGUAAGGAACAGAUCCUGGCUGUAGCCAGGCAAGUGGAGACGGCCCACAGGCUGCUGCUGCAGGCGACGGGCCGGCCCGCCUUGGAUCUCCUCCUCCAGUCCCCCGACGAGCCCGUCUCCCUGCAAGACGCCCCCUCCGGAGUCUUCCGCCUGCGGCCGGGGGACCCCUUCCAGGAGAGCCGGGUGGUCCUCUGGCUGGGGGUGCUGUCGCUGGGCUUCGUGCUCGUUUGCGAGCCCCCCGAGAACCUGCGUCUGGCCAAGAGCACCCUGCGGCUCCUGGCCCGCCUCCUCCUUGACCACCUGAGGCUGUUCUCCUCGGGCAGCGACGUCCUGCUCAAGGCUGACCGCACCGAGGCCGUCCUGGACAAGCUCCUGCCCCAGGGCCAGCUGCUCUUCCUCAACGACCAGUUCAUCCAGGUCUUGGAGAAGGAGCUCGGGGCCGGCUGGGCGAGAUGAAGGGCCCCUGCUGGCCGCUCCCCUCCCCCCCCGCAGGCCACCACGGGGCACCACGGACUCCUGGUUAGGCCGGGGGGCCCCAGCUCUGUGGCCAGGUGGGUCGUCCGGUUGUCUGCUUGGUGGGGAGAAGCAUGGGAAGCCACGGAGCUUUGUCAAGAAAGGACAUCGGAGCCCCGACUGGCUCACGUAUAACAUGCCAGGCAGAGGUCCCACGCUGGCCUCCGUGGGGAGGGACGUAACGAGGAGGGGACACGAUCCCGUGAGUCCUGGGGCUGGGCAGCCCAAGGGCUUCCUGCAGUAAAACUCCGAUGAGGCGAAUUGGGGGUGGCUUCCUGGAGGAGGUGGAUUUAAGUCAAGUCAGUCGUAUUCAUUGAGCGCUUACUGUGAGUGGAGCACUGUAUAAAGUACUUGGGAGGGUAUGAGGCAGACAUUCCAGUUGGGUGCGCUCAGAAUUGACAUUUCUGAUCUGCCCCCACCCCCUCCAGAUCCACUCUUCUGUACUCUCUGCCGUGGAAAGCAGUUACCCACAGAAGACCUCUAUGGACUGUCCCCCAACCUCUGAUCCUAGCACGAUUUUGUCAUUUUAGCAGCAGGCCCCGACUCCUCUACCCUCCUGCCCCACCAGAAAGAAAGGCUCAAGUUAGGGUUGGGGGAGAGGGGUUGCAUAGGAGGAGGAGGUGCAGGAGCAGAAAGAGCCUGGGGCACCUGCGGGCCUGUUCUCAGCCUUCUCCUCACCUCACUCCCCGCUGCAGAGGGCUGAAUCCGGUCCCAGGCCAGGGGAAAACCAAUGACCGAGAGCCACGAACCCUAAUUGGAUGUCACUGGGGGCUUGGGCGCAGCAGGGGGGCCUACCCUGGCCUUCUUACCUAGGGAUGCUGGCAGUCCCACACCCCUCGUGGGGCAACCGAACCAUCAAGUGACUGAGCCCUACGUCCCACAUCAGGGCAACUAGAAGGCACCUGACCCCGACGCUAUUUUUCCGACUAAGCGUUGUGAUUUUGUGUCUUCUUGGACCCUACGGGUCAUUGACUCCUUUGCUGGACCCGGGAAACUCCGCGAAAUAAAAGCAGGCUGGAUGUUUCCCACGCCUCUUCUCCCCUCC